ACAACGUCGCGAAUCGAAAUUCCCCAAGCAAAGCGUAAAGCUGUGUGUAAUGAUUAUAGAUCACCAGCUCUCCCGUCCUCGACCACUUCCGUAACUGCCAGAUUGCCCACCAUGAGUUACGGCAAGAAAGACGAAGAUGCCGACCUUGGCCUGGUCAAGGUCGACCGAGUUCAGGUCUUCCAGGAAGCUCGGCUAUUCAACAGUUCCCCCAUCCAACCUCGAAGAUGCCGUAUCCUCUUGACCAAGAUCGCCCUCCUACUCUACACCGGCGAGAAGUUCCCGACUCGCGAAGCCACAGACCUCUUCUUCGGUAUCUCGAAGCUGUUCCAGAACAAAGAUGCCAGCUUGCGCCAGAUGGUCCACCUUGUCAUCAAGGAGAUUGCCAACUCGGCCGAGGACAUUAUUAUGGUCACAAGCACCAUCAUGAAAGAUACUGGUGGCAGCACAGAUGCCAUCUACAGGCCUAAUGCUAUCCGAGCUCUGUGUCGGAUUAUUGACGCAACUACCGUUCAGUCCAUUGAGCGUGUCAUGAAAACCGCAAUUGUCGAUAAGAACCCCUCAGUAUCGUCGGCCGCCCUCGUUUCCUCGUAUCACCUGCUCCCGAUUGCCAAGGAUGUCGUCCGCCGAUGGCAGUCCGAGACCCAGGAGGCCGCUGCCUCGUCCAAGUCUUCGGGAGGUUUCCUCGGUGGCUUCUCCUCGGGGUCAGGCUCCAUCCCAACCAACAACUCUACCAUGGCGCAGUAUCAUGCCAUUGGCCUCCUAUACCAAAUCAGGUCCCACGACAGAAUGGCCCUGGUCAAGAUGGUUCAACAAUACAGCCAGCCCGGCACCGUCAAGAGUCCCGCUGCCACGGUCAUGUUGGUACGACUUGCCGCACAACUAGCCGAGGAGGACCCUUCGCUCAGGAAACCCAUGAUGACGCUGCUGGAUGGCUGGUUGAGACACAAGAGUGAGAUGGUCAAUUUCGAGGCUGCCAAGGCCAUUUGCGACAUGCGCGACGUUACCGACAACGAGGUCACCCAGGCUGUCCAUGUGCUUCAACUCUUCCUCUCCUCACCUCGCGCCGUCACCAAGUUCGCUGCUCUUCGGAUCCUUCACAACUUCGCCUCUUUCAAGCCCCAGGCUGUCGCUAUCUGCAACCCUGAUGUCGAGCUUCUCAUUUCGAAUAGCAACCGAUCCAUUGCCACCUUUGCCAUUACAACUCUGCUCAAGACUGGUAACGAAGCGUCGGUUGACCGUCUGAUGAAGCAGAUCAGUGGUUUUAUGUCGGAGAUUACCGACGAGUUCAAGAUCACCAUUGUCGAAGCUAUCCGAACACUUUGUCUCAAGUUCCCUAGCAAGCAAGCUGGUAUGCUCGCUUUCCUUAGCGGUAUUCUUCGUGAUGAGGGCGGUUAUGACUUCAAGCGCGCUGUCGUGGAGAGCAUGUUCGAUCUUAUCAAGUUUGUGCCGGAAUCCAAGGAAGAUGCUCUCGCCCACCUCUGCGAGUUUAUCGAAGAUUGCGAAUUCACCAAGCUGGCUGUUCGUAUCCUCCAUCUCCUCGGUCUCGAGGGUCCCAAGACGUCACAGCCUACCAAGUACAUCCGGUACAUCUACAACCGUGUUGUUUUGGAGAACGCCAUCGUCCGAGCUGCUGCUGUCACUGCCUUGGCCAAAUUUGGUGUUGGUCAGAAGGACCCCGAAGUCAAGCGUAGCGUGGAUGUGCUUUUGACACGUUGUUUGGACGAUGUCGACGAUGAGGUCCGUGACCGUGCGGCGCUCAACCUCAGGCUGAUGCACCAGGAGGAUGAGACAGCGGAGAGAUUCAUCAAGAAUGAGAACAUGUUCUCCCUCCCGUACUUUGAGCAUCAGUUGGUCAUGUACGUUACCUCGGACGACAAAAGCACUUUCGACACAUCCUUCGACGUCAGCAGCAUCCCAAUUGUCACAAGGGAGCAAGCAGAUGCGGAAGACCGAACAAAGAAGCUCACUGCUACGACUCCGUCUCUCAAGCCACCGAAAGCCGGCCCUACCAAGACUCCUACGACUGGCGCAGAGGCUCAAGCUUCCGCGGCUGCUGCUCAGCAAAAACACUCUCAAGAGCUCUUGGCCAUUCCAGAACUCAAGGAGUUUGGCGCCGUCCUCAAGUCAUCGCCUGUUGUUGAACUGACCGAGGCUGAGACAGAAUAUGUUGUCAGCGUCGUCAAGCAUCUCUUCAAGGAGCACGUUGUUCUUCAAUUUGAGGUCAAGAACACGCUUCCCGCUACUGUUUUGGAGAAUGUUUCCGUGGUCGCCACUCCCUCGGAUGAGGAAGAGCUUGAGGAGGUUUUUAUUCUUCAGGCCGAGAAGCUUCCCACAGACGAGCCUGGCAAAGUUUAUGUUGCCUUCCAGAAGGUCAAUGGCGAGGGCUCAAUGCCCACCAGCACCUUUUCCAACAUACUUAAGUUUACCAGCAAAGAAAUCGACCCAUCGACGAACGAGGCAGAGGACACUGGUUAUGACGAUGAGUACGAGAUUGGUGAAUUUGACCUGGCUGGCAGUGACUAUGUUAUCCCUGCAUUUGCUGGAAACUUUGCACACAUCUGGGAGCAAGUUGGUGCUUCCGGGGAGGAAGCCGAGGAAACAUUGCAGUUGUCUGGUAUCAACAGCAUAGCAGAUGCCACAGAGCAGCUAGCCAAGACUCUCUCACUGCAGCCCUUGGAGGGCACAGAUGUGCCGCUUAACCAGACCACGCACCAGCUCAAGCUAUUAGGUAAGACGGUAAACGGAGGACGUGUUGUGGCCAUCAUCAGAAUGGCAUACUCGUCGAAGUCGGGAGUAACCACGAAGAUUACCGUACGCAGCGAAGAGGAGAAUGUAGCGGCUCUCAUCAUCGCGUCCGUCGCUUAA